CUUACGUGACGUUAAAAAAGGUAACCUCAAACCACAGACGGCCGCAUUUUUGAAGAGCUUUCAUGAGUACGCAAAGUGCAACGAACAGCAGCGAGAAACGCGGGUUGUAGUUUGCCAUAGCUUGCCUGACAACGCGGCAAACUGCGGCGCCUGCUCAUAAGAACUACCAUACCCAGCGAGCCACGCGCGCCAAUUAGAAACGUCAACGAGCCAGUGAACAUUAAGCGGAGCAGACCAAAAUCCCAAACAAGGAAAUGGUGGGGGAAUAAAACGACCAGAUUAUUUAAUUAAUGCAUGUUAUAAUUAAUAUUUUAUUUUAUUGUAAAUUAAGGCGUAUUUAUGGGUUAAAAUGGAUUACGACUUCAAAACAAAGCUGGCGGCGGAGAGAGAGAGAGUAGAAGAUCUGUUCGAAUAUGAAGGUUGCAAAGUGGGUCGAGGCACCUACGGGCACGUUUAUAAAGCUAAGCGCAAAGACGGGAAAGAUGAGAAGGAGUAUGCACUGAAACAAAUAGAAGGCACUGGAAUAUCAAUGUCUGCCUGCAGGGAAAUUGCUCUGUUACGAGAACUGAAACACCCAAAUGUGAUCGCCCUCCAGAAAGUGUUCCUGUCCCACAGUGACAGAAAGGUCUGGCUCCUCUUUGACUACGCCGAACACGACUUGUGGCACAUCAUCAAGUUCCACCGCGCCUCCAAGGCCAAUAAGAAGCCUAUGCAGCUGCCCCGAGGGAUGGUGAAGUCUCUCUUGUAUCAGAUCCUGGAUGGGAUCCAUUACCUCCAUGCCAACUGGGUGCUCCACAGGGAUCUGAAACCAGCUAACAUCCUGGUGAUGGGGGAAGGCCCCGAACGAGGAAGAGUUAAAAUUGCUGACAUGGGUUUUGCCAGACUCUUCAACUCUCCGCUGAAGCCGCUGGCGGACCUUGACCCCGUGGUAGUGACGUUCUGGUACAGGGCCCCGGAGCUGCUGCUGGGGGCCCGGCACUACACCAAAGCUAUUGACAUCUGGGCGAUUGGCUGCAUCUUUGCGGAGCUGCUAACAUCGGAGCCCAUCUUUCACUGUCGCCAGGAAGACAUCAAGACCAGUAACCCAUUCCAUCACGACCAGCUGGACAGGAUAUUUAGUGUCAUGGGUUUCCCUGCAGAUAAAGACUGGGAAGACAUCAGGAAGAUGCCAGAGUACCCCACACUGCAAAAAGACUUCAGGAGGACGACGUAUGCAAACAGCAGCUUAAUCAAAUACAUGGAGAAGCAUAAAGUGAAACCAGACAGCAAGGUGUUCUUGUUGCUCCAAAAGCUCCUCACAAUGGACCCGACUAAAAGAAUCACAUCAGAGCAGGCGCUGCAGGACCCGUACUUCCUAGAGGACCCAUUACCAACCACUGAUGUGUUUGCUGGCUGUCAGAUCCCCUACCCCAAACGAGAAUUUCUUAAUGAAGACGAGCCAGAGGAGAAAACAGAAAAGAACCAGACCCAGCAGCACCAGCAGACAACUGGCCAGGCUCAGGCCCAGAACCAGCAGCAGACAGCAGCCCAGCAGGCCCCCUCCCAGCAGAGCUCUGCUCAAACCAACGGCACCGCCGGAGCCACGGGGGCCACCACUGCAGCGCUACAGCACGGUCAGGACCAGGGGCCACCCAACAAGAAACCUCGGAUCGGACCCUCUGGGGCCUCCUCAGGCACUGGGGUGCUACAGUCAGAUUACCAGCACUCUGGCUCCCGCCUUGGUUACCAAAGCAAUGUCCAAGGUUCCACUCAACCCCAGAGCACCAUGGGAUACUCAUCAUCAACCCAGCAGAGCUCCCAGUACUCCCACCAGACCCACCGUUACUGAGGAUCCUUGUCACUCCCUAACCAGCAGAGGAGUCAAGCUCCUCCUUGUCUUCAGCCAACCCUCAACAACCUCAGCUCCCCGGCUCCCGUGUCCCGGUUGGACCCUUGUCCCUUCAUUACAUCAUUCCAACUCCAGUCAUCCUUCUUUUCAAACUGCCCUCACCUUUGACCUUUCGCCCGACAGCCUUCAGCGGCACUGUAACACGAAGGCUGAUAAACAUAGGAACCAAACGAAAUCCAAUGAGAAAACAAAUUCUGCCUCAUCGGCGCGUUGAAACACUUUUAAAUCGACUGGAAAAAAAAAAGGUGUAAGAUAGAUGUCAAGGCGUCUCACACACAGACUCAGAACCGUGGCACUUACAAACACAACGUUCCUCACCAGGAAGAAUCGCAGCUGUGUUCAAGUAUAUUAUAUAGCACCUUUUUCUAUUUGAGUUUUUUUCUCCUGCUCGUUUGCUAGACUUUUCAAGUUUAACUUGAUAGUUGAUGUCAUUAUAAAUAUUGUUACAUACAGAAGCGAUCAGAUGUGAGGCAACUUAAAAGGAAAAGCCCUUUACUGUCAUCUCUAGUGUAUAAUUAUCACGGAUAAUCAAAUGACGAUAAGCUAAAGUUUGAGCUAAACCCAACCUUUUAAGAAAAAAGUUUCUACAAAGAAAAAAAAACUCAGCUUUUAAGCUGAUGUCAUUGCAGGGAAAUAUAAAAACAAUUAACUUAAAUCUUGAUAUUAUAGGGUUUCUAUAUUUAGAAGUGUUUAUCUAGAUUUGGAUUUGGAAUGUAAGAAAAGCAGUUGUCUUUUUACAGCUUCUGUAUAAUGUGAUCACGCCAUCACUUUUAGAAGUAAGAACCAUUUAACAGCUGAGCUUUGCUUUCUGUGAUGGCAGCGUCUUCGGGAGGUUUUGACACCUCUUGUUGGUGGCCGGCAGCUCCGGAGUGCGUUCUUGUUCGCUGGUUUUCACUUUGCUGUGACACCUGUGUUAUUUUGGACCCUUGAAACAUUUAAGGUUUCUGAAGAUGCGCAUAAUCGUACAGGGCAGCUAAACAGUACGCUUCCCCCCCUCCGACAUAUGCUUCUUGAGACUGUUACUGCCUGAUGUCAGAUUGUUUUUUUUUAAGGUUUUAUUGUUAUCUCUGUUGUCCCGUGGGCGUGUAUGAGCGUGUGCACGUGUGUGUGUGUACAGUAUGUUUUUUAUGCAUGUUGUUUAUCCUUUUACUUACUAGAACUGCACUGACCACUGAACCGAUCUGCAAAGAGCUGGAACAAAUGUGAGGCUCGCCCUCUUCCACUUCACCCUUGCGGUGCCACACUGAGUAUGCAGGUAGAGACUGGGGUACAUUCAAAGACAAUGGGUGCUUUCUUUAGUACAUGCAUGGAGGUAUGAGCAACUUAUUUACAUUUUUAUAUCCAGUGUAUACAACCCGUUGUAUGUCUGAGUUCAUUUUGAAUUAAUGAAUCAACUUGUGAGAAAAGUGAAAUGAAGGACAUUUAAUAAAUGCUACAAUUGAAGAAGCUGUGAGGGAAACACUCUAGUUUCUCGCUGAGACUUAAAUGACCAGGCUGAUAUGCUCACUCCCACCCUCUGUGUUCUGACUAGUAGUUCUCUAGUCAGAGCACAGUGUUGAAUAUAGUAUAUAUGUCAAUUAAAUAAGUUUUGUAGUGUAUAACACUCCCAGGGUUGCCGUACUCCUGUUCCCUGUGCAGGAAUUGCCUUUUUUUUAAUAUCGUUAUGAACAAGGGACAGCAAAACUGUUGGGUCAAAUAUGAAUGUCAAUCUCAAUGGAGCCUGUGUCUGUACUGAGACACCCUCCGGUCAUUUGGGACCCCUUCACCCAAGUUCUGACUGGUGUUUUUGACAACGCUUUUCAUCCUAGUCAAAUCAAUGUAUGUUGCUCUGUGCAACCUGAGUCUAUCAUGUGGGUGGUACCAAGCCAAGUUGUGAGACAUGAAUGCCUUUCAGUGCUAGAAAUUCAGCAAAAUUGUUCUUCCGAAAUGUAGAAAGUGAAAAAGUCACAAUAAAUGUCACAAUAAAUGUAUUACAUUGUUAGUAGCGCAACCUGCCAACUACUAUUAUUACCACUAUAUUACUAUUAUAAUCAAUAUAAUUCUCAACAUUGCCUGUAUCUUUAGUGUAGAGCCAUUCCUGGUAGCUAAUUAGCUUAGCCUAGCAUAAAUCCUGGAAACACUAAAGGAGCUAGCAUGGGGCUAUUAGAGGAUAACAGCUUAUCUUAAGCUCAUGGGUUUUGUUUUUUUAAAGCUAAUGAUGUUAUAUGUGGACAUUUUAAUACGUUUACUAUUUAUUUUUUUAAACUACUUCUUAGAACAACUUAUCUGUAUGACACUUUAAACUUCAGUGUUUUGUGUAGGUCAAACUAGUGAUGUAUAACAUGCUAACUUAUGAGCUAAAAUGUGCUUGUAGCCUGUAAUAAAUAAAUACAAUAAUACUAAUAACAAAAAUAAAAUAAAAAAAGAUCCAGGCUAGUUGUUUCCCCCUAUUUCCAGUUUUUAUGCUAAGCUAAACUGAUGGGCUGGUAGUAACAUUUUUAAAUUUUGCUGCAGACAUGAGUGUGAUAUCAGUGUUUUUAUCUAACUCUUGGUAAUGAGCAAAACAUAAUGGCUGCAUUACCACAAAUCUGUUUUUCUUCCUUAAGCACAAAGUCUUCUUUUUCAAGUAAUACUUCAUUACAUUUCAGAAGAUCAUAUUGAUCAUAUCUUACUUUUUUUAAACACAAACCAAUUUGUCUUCAGUAUUUUUGAAAAUCUGAUUUUUUUAUAUGGGGAUUUUCCUUUUCAGAAUUUCUUUCAGGUGUUUACAGAAAAGUUAUUAGGGAUCUGUUCACAUACAAAAUUGUCUUUGAGGCUGUUUUUCACUGUUAGAAGUGGCAAUGCGCAGCAUGGACUAGUUAAAAUUAUUAUGCAGAUUAUUAUCUGCACCACAAUAUAUUGUUAAAAAAAAAAUGCUACCUACACAGUAUGUAACACUAUGAACUAGUUCAUACGGUAUGUUUACCUUUGAUACUUACAGUAAACUUUGCUAAAAGCAUUUCUAGUAUUAAUUUUACGGGUUAUAAUACUAACAAUACAACAGUAAGAGCAAGUCUUCUCUUUUCAUAUCCUCCUGACAACUUGCUCCAUCAUGAAUGACCACCCUGCAUGCUGUGUUAAAGAAUGCACCCAGUUAUUUGACUAACUGCAUUUGCCCCCAUACAGAGGAAAAGAGACAUUGUGUUUAUUGCACGUGUGACCUGCAGUUUGAUUAGGAAACACUGACACCUUGUGGCUGGAAAGAGAACUGGACCUCUGUCCUUAUCAAAGCUGUAAUAGUACAAAUAGAUAAUGGUGUUAGGGAUUUUUCUUAUUAAUCAGAACAUGCAAGAUAUGUGUGUGUAUAAUGAAAAUAAUUGUAUUUCUGUGUCCAGUUAUGGUUCACUGAUGCUUAAAAGUACCCACCCGUGUUACAUUAGUAACAUCAUUAGAAUUUGACCACUGAAUAGAACUUUUUUAAGGCUUUAUGUUUCAUGCAUUGAUACUAACCGCAGAUAGGUGGGUAGUCUCAGUUCUGCUUAUUUUGUUCUGCUAAAUUAUGCUUAUUUAAAGCAAAGUGCAUCUGGGUGGAUCUUGUAACAGGAUUCAUGUCAAAUUUUGACCUAAAAUAUGUUUGAAAUCAUGUUUUAAAAAAAUAUUGCUGAUUCUUAAACAAGAGAAAGUCCUUUCUAGUGUUGUAGGUUUGUCACAGUUUUAGUCAGAAUUGUCCACAAUGUGAAAAAAGUGUGAAAAUUUACAUACUGCUGGAUUUUUCAUUUAAAACAGGACAUGCAUAAUCUGAGUGUGUGGUUGUUUCUGUAAAUGGCCACUAUCUACAUUUUUAGUGCAUACAUUGUCUGAUGAGAUGAGAUAUGGAUACUGUUUAAAAUCAAACCUUUUUCAAAAUUCAAAGAUAUAAUGUCAGUUAAUGUCCCACAGGUCUUUGAUAACCUGUAUAGAGUUACAGAGCUUAGAGUUUUAGAGGUUUUAUGGACUGUUGCCCGUUUGGCACAAUAUCUUUGGUUUCUGAAGAAUGUGAGCAUGCUAAAUAGACCAAAAUCCAUAAAACAGCUGGAUUAACCUAAACCUACCCCUAACCAGAAAGACCCAGGUUAAUUUUUUCAAUUAAAAAAUAUAGUAAUUAGAUUCAGAUAACUUUGUUUAUUAUAGUAUUUAGUUUUAUUUUAUUUAUUUAGUUUAUUCUAAACUGCAUUUAUUAAAAUUAUGUAAAUGUGGAAAACUGCAAAUUUAGUUUGUGGGUUUUCUCUCCACAGCCAUUUUUAAAAACAAGCUGCUCAGAGCAUGUGUGUCCUGUUUCUAAAGCCCAUAGAAAAAUCUCCCAGUUAUGCCUUUUUUUUUUUCUUCAUGUUAAGCGAUUCUGAACUGUUCAGUGUUUGCAUGACACAAAGGCAGGAUCCUUUAUGUUUUAAACUCAUUUAAAGCUGCAGUAAUUGAUAUUUUUGGUCUCUUGGGGCAGGAGGAGAUAAAGCAACAUGUAACACCUCCCUAUGAAUCUUUCAAGAAAUUUGGAAGGUGAUUAGAUGAGCAAAAUGCCUUUCACCUUCCAAACCAUGUCUGUGGAGAGUGUCGUAGCUGAAAAACCAUAACAAGCAGCAGUCUGAGGAGCUUGGAAAGCUAGCAGUCAGUCAGCAUGUCAAUGGUUACACCUUCCUGUUGCCAGGCUAGUAUGAAAAAUGUGCGCAUAAAAGGCACACUGGCAUUAGUGUUGCUGAGUUGCUUUUGCUGCAUGUUAAAAAAUGGACAUGUUGCCAUUCCUUGGUAACAAACAUGGAGAAAAACAUGCAAGCAGCCUUUUUUUAAAAAAAAUGAAAAUAAACCAAAACAGUUCAAAGGUCUUUGAGUAUUCCAUAAAACUGUUUGUAAUUCUUUCUGGAUCCAUCACUUUGUGGCCCCUUUAAUGGGAAGCAUGGUCAUUGAAGCUUUUGCUUAUCUAAAAAUCUUGAUUAUAGCAGCUUUAAAGAGAAACUUAAAGGAAUGCACCUGUACCUGAAAUGUCCAGAUGAAGUAGCUUUUUGCACUCCGUGUCUUUAGUUCAUCUUUACUUCUACUGUUUUCUGACAGACUGGCAGACAGAUCCACUGGUUGGGGGGGGAGGUCAGUGGCACACAGUAGGGAUCUAAACCAGCAGUUAUUCAAAGGUUUUGGCCUCCCGUUACUGUGUGUAUUUGAAGUUGAAGUGAGUAGCAGUGAGGAUAUGUUGAGACUCUUUGUUGUACAUUUCUCUCUCCACACAAACGAGGUGUCACAAGUAUUACUAAUGAGCACGAGGCUCCAGCAAAAGACAAACUCCUAUGCAAAGAAAUCCCAGACUAAAGCUUUUACCUGUUUCUAGGUUUUGCAGUUGACAGGUUUUAUUAUAUUUUAUUGGGUGAUGUGUAUUCCUUUCUUGUGAAAUACUGAGUACAGUAGACCAAGACAGCUCUCAUUUAUGUCCUUUUUCCCCCCACAGCAUUUUAAAAUGUACUCUAAAAGAAUUAUUGUAAAGAAAUGCAUAUAUAUAUGAAUAGUAUACAAUCAUAUUUAUUUUUUCCAUACAUGUAUUAAUAAUACCCAUGUUUGAAUUUCCUCUGCCUUAACUAUAGUAGCUAUAGAAAGGGACCUCUGUCAGACAGACCCGCCUUCGCUAGACCAUAGUUCUCCUGCUCCUGGUUGUUUCCUCUUCAUAAAUAAGCUCACGUGGAAUGAACGUCUAGUUACUGAAUGUGUUCACACCACCUCACUGUACAGUAGAAUGAAGGUGACGCCGAUGCCUGUGAUCGCUCACUGGCUUCUGUUCCACAGUGUUGCUGUCCUUACUUACAGGAAUGAUAACUAACGGUCCACGUUUUAGUUUGAGUGGAUGGUGCCUUUUUUUUCUUUUUUAAAUUUCAUCAGCUAAACUUGUCAUGGGGUUUUAAUUUUGUAUUUUCACACUUCCUCUGUCAGUCUUUUAUUUUUCUUGUUACUAUGUAGCAUAUUGUUAGCAGCUAAGUAUCUAUUUGAUUUGACUGCAAAGAAUCCUGAUGCAGGAUUGGCUGUUGUUUUCUCUGCUCAUAGAUAUCGUCCUCACACAUUACUGAAGCGCAGUUAUGUUUUGAAAUGCUGUACAUAAAAAACAUUUUAAGGACUUCUCAUUGAGAUAUAGUAAUUGUCUUCUAAUGCACUGUCGUUGCUAAAAUAUCUAGUGGUAAAUAAAAAAUAUGGUAUUUAAUGUUUUUUAAUGUCUCGCUUUAGACACUAAACUUCUGGCAGUGCUAUGAAAGUUAGAAGGUAGGUGUGUGCGUGUGUGUGUGUGUGUGUGUGUGUGUGUGUGUGCUGUGUGUGUGCGUGUGUGUGUGUGUGUGUGUGUGUCUGUGUGUGUGGAAGGACACUUACUUGUACAACGCUUUUAUAAAAUCUAGUGCACCUCUAGGCUGCCCGUCCUCUCACAUCGCCUCUUUUUUGAUAGUAUUGCAUGUGCCUGUCUUUUUCCAAUGGAGAACAUAAGCACUUACUGUCGCUCUCGCAACACUUUGUACAGGCGGACAGACGCUCCAUCUGCAGAGUUGAAAGAAGUGAUGCCAUUUGCCUUUAAAAAAAAAAAAAAAAAAAGAAAUUGGCAUAAAAAUCACAAAAUGUUUCCACUGACACUCUGUCCCAUUGUGGGAGGGGGAUUAGAGAGGAAGCAGAAAAGUAACUCUUAUUUAAAAACCUUUUUUGUAAUUACCAUCUGCAAAUUUUGACUAAAGCUUUCAAUAAAAAUCACCUUUUUUUUUCAAGAGACUUUUCUUUGCCCAGGUCGCCAUUGUAAAUAAGAAUGUGCUUAUAAUUACUUGCCUGGUGGUUAAGUUAAGGUGACACUGACUUGCUGCGCCACCUUGUGGUACAAAUUGGUAUUGCAAGGAAGUAUGGCACGGUCCUAGUUUAACUUCAUUUGUUAUCUCUUUAACACAUUGCAUAGAUGUUUUCAUGGCAGCUGUUUCUUCACAUCCUGUUGAAAGCUUUGGUUCAUUUUUGAAGGUUUAUAGUGUUUUUGAAAAUGGGUAUUUACAAAAAGUACCUUUUUACCCCCCCCCACCGAGCCACAUCAGAGUAAUGCUUUGCAGAUUGGGGUGUCUGUCCAUUUUUGACAUUCUAUCUGUAUUACGUGAGUGCGUGUGAGCGUGAGUUUGAAAUAUACAUAUGGCCUAAAUGGUAUUGUCUUUUCAUAGUGUUUAUAGAUAAAGCAGCAAUAGGUCGGCGAAAAAGCGAAAAUCCGAAAAAGUAAAAAUUUAUUUAGCUGCUUUUAGCAAACUUGUCCAAAUUUCACUGUACAAAUGACUGUUAAAUGAGAAGAAGUCAUGUAUAUUUAUUUUAUAUCCUCUAUUAUAAUAAAAGCCUCUUUUGUCUGAA